AUGGCGGUCGCCGACUGGAGCCAGGCGCGCUGCAAGCGUACUAGAGGGCCGUUUGCCUACUCGCGCCUAUCCCCAUGGGAUCUCGAGCAGCGCGUGGCCUCCAUUGUGGACAGCACACUCAAGGAUAUAUCGCAGCGGUACAAGAUCCAGGAGGAGCUUGGCGCCGGCGCGCAGGCGACGGUCUACAAGGCGACGCACAAGAGGAACCACAUGAAGGCGCGUCCGCUUCGCACGCCGCCCGCGGCAGCGGCUCGCGUGAUCGAGAUCAAGGAGCUCGAGGACGACGAGCUCUUUGAUGCGCUCCGGAUGGAGAUCCUGUUGCUGCGGCAGCUCGACCACCCUCACAUCGUCGGCAUACGAGAGGUGGUGCACGACGCAAACUCGGUCUACAUCGAGUGCCUCAGCGGCGGAGAGCUCUUCGACGCCUUGCUCGCAAAGGGCCCCUUCAAGGAGGUCGAUGCGCAGGUCUACUUUGCGCAGGUUGCGCUCGCAGUCGAGUACAUGCACGAGAGGAACGUGGUGCACCGCGACCUCAAGGCGGAGAACCUGGUCUUCAGCGCCAAGGGGUCGCCGCAGAUCAAGUGCAUCGACUUCGGCGGCGCCUGCACCUGCACGCCCGACCAGAUGCUCACCGGCCUGGUCGGGACGCCGCAGUACGUCGCGCCCGAGGUUGUGACGGGCUUCGGGGAGGUCAACCCGACGGACGAGCCAUAUGGCAAGGGGUGCGACCUGUGGUCGAUGGGCGUGCUACUCUAUGUGAUGCUCUCCAAGACGAUGCCGUUCCGCGCAAAGCAGGUGGACGCGCUGCUGCGGCAGGUCGUCAAGGGGCGGUUCGCCUUCCAGCCGGACGAGCGGUGGCGGCACGUCUCCGCCGACGCCAAGGACCUCAUCUCUCAGCUGCUCACCGUCGACGUCAGCAAGCGGAUCGACAUCGCGGGCGUGCGGCAGCACCCUUGGGCGGCGGCCGCCAUCGCGCAGUACGAGGAGCUGCUUCCAAAGUACAAGACCAAGGCGGCGAUCAGGGUGGACGCCGACGGCGAGGGCGGCGGCGCGAUGGGCGCCGUGAUGCAGAUGUUUGCGCGCCGCAAGGGCGCCUCUUCGUCGCAGCUCGCAAAGCGGAAGCCGCCCGGCAUGUCGAAGGAGCAGCAGUACUGGUACGCGAUGGAGAUCUCGCCGCCCACCGACAUGCAGCAGCUCGGAGGCGUCAAGGUGUCGGCGGACGGCACGUUCGAGAUGGAGAAUGUUCCGCCCGAGAUGGCCGCCAUCCUCGCCGACAUCGCGAAGAAGAAGGCCGCGUCCUCGGGGCGCAGCGGCGCGGCCGACGCGGCCGCGCCGCCGCUGCCCGCCGUCGCGGAGGCUUCGGUCACGGCCGAGACGGCGUCGAGCUCGGAGACUCCGCGCACGGAGAGCCGAGAGGCGGAGAUGACGAGGCUCGCCACCGAGGCGGGCGCGUACUACCGGCAGGGCGGCGAGCAGAAUGAGGCGCUCGAGACGCUGGCGCUGCUGCGCGAGAAGGACGACCUGAUCGCCAAGCUGCAGGAGAAGAUAGACAGCCAGGAGGCGGCGCUGGACGAGCAGGCCGCGGAGAUAGAGGAGCUCAAGGCGGCCGCCAUGGGCGCGCCGUCGCCCGCGGAGCUGGACGCGGCGCUCGAGCGUGCGCAGCAGGCGGAGGGGGAGCGCGAGGCGCAGCACGGCGCCGCGGUCAAGAUGCAGGCCAAGCUGUCGGCGGUGACGACCCUCUACACCGAGGCGAUGCAGCGCGAGGCCGCGCUCAAAGUCGAGUUCGAUAGCCUCAGGCCGGGCGCCGCAGCCUGA